AUGUCACGCUUGAUACCCGAAAAGAAAGAUGUCUUCCGCUUGAUACUCGAUGAGCCAGUCUCUUACUUGGGCAAUACAACAGGCACAAUCAUUGUGAGAGGCGAAGUGAUUGUCAAUUUUCCCAAAGACACAGCCAUUCAAGGACCCAUUUCACUCGUCUUUGAAGGCAUUCAACGAUAUUAUCCAUGGCGAGAAAUCAUGGAUAAACAACCCACUGGCAAACCUAUCGAGACCAAAUUGCAUGUGAUUGAGCUAUCAUUAUUGCCACCCAAUUCACAAGGCAUCAUGCCAUCGGGUAUCCAGCGAUUCCCUUUCGAGUUUCCUUUGCCUGGAUCUCUUCCAAUUACAUUGCAUAUACCCGAUCGUCUCGAUAUCUCAUAUAAGCUCACAGCCACCUUGCGUCGGUCAACCGAAGAUGAUUCACAUGCUAGUUGGCUUGAUUGGACUCGCUUUGGGAAAAGGCAAAAAUUAGUAGCCACAGCUGAUUUACGACUUGUACGAGCCAUAGAGCCUAUUCCAAGUCUUGCACCACCCACAACGUCAACACCCUCCAACACGAACAAUGACGAUGCUCAAUCUUCAUCACAAGCUGAUAAUCAACAACAACAACAACAACCUUCUAUUCAGGCACCUGAUCAAGCAACUACAGUAGGGGCUCAUCGACGUACCAGUCUUGAUCGAUAUUACGCCAUAGACCAAGAUGAUGGCCAAAUUCAUCCAUCGUACUAUGGCCAAUUCCAUCUAGGACUAGCCCUUGAUGAGCAACAUGAUCGGCUUGCUUAUUCAAUGGCAGGACGUACCGUUGAUAAUUGGAACUUGCCUGCCAGCACCCUUGAAUAUGGUUUACGAUAUCGGCUCAGCAUUGACAGAACAGCGAUUGCCAUUGGCACCAGCGUGGGUGUGGAAGUGCUUUUAGAACCAUUGACCGAUGAUAUCAAGAUCCGCUCCAUAGUAACACGCAUCUCCGAGACUCGAGACUAUACAAUGAAAGUGCCUGGUGAUUACUAUGGCAAGCAAGGUCAACCUGAAACACGCAAACAUACCGAAGCGGUUGCCAUGGUGCUUAAAUGGGCCUAUGGUUACCCAACGGAGCAUGAUGAAAGCAGCAGUGGAAGCAGUAUUCAAUCACUUGAUGUGGGAAAGAAACAACAUCAGCAACGACCCAAUACAACAACCUUAUCACGACGAUAUCGACACCAUCGACAUCAUUGGUCCGAUGAUCUUUACAAUGCCAAUAGCACCACAUCCGCAGCAGCAGCAGCAGCACCAGGAGGAGCAACAAAUAGAGAUACCAGCAAGGGAUUACCCGAUGAUCCACAACAUCAAGGAGGUGGCAACAACGCAUAUACGACCUCUGAAGAAGAAACCGAUGAUCCAAAGCAAGGUGAAUUACUCAAUCUAAAACUGUUGGAUGAGCCUGUGCGAGUAGGCGAAUACUUUGAAGGCCGUUUUGUCAUGCCGGUGCCGACAUGUGAACAUACCUUGGUUCCCAACAUGACCCAUGCCAGCAUUUCAAUCAGCCAUUGGUUGCAUCUCAUGGUGGUCCUUGAAGCGAAUGGCAAAGCUUUCAAGGUGACAUUGGGGACGCCUGUACGCUUGCUUGAUUGUCGCCUUGUGGCAGCCGAUGAUGAACGUCAAACAAUUCUACCGCCUCCUCCCAGUUAUGAAACCAUCGAAAAGGGAAAUCCUUUAAUGACCACAACAGCAAGCAAUACAACCGAGUUUUGGUUACAACGAUGGCCCAUCACUCAAGAUGCUGUUUGGGGCACAUGCAAUCGAUGUCCUUGUCAACUCAAGCAAAUGCCCAAAGAUAAACGACCCACAUCAUCAGCAACAACAACAACGCCCACUUCUAAAGCGACCAAAGGCAAACGACCUACUUCUAUGCUGUUUUCCUCUUUACCAUCCACCAUUCAUCGCCCCUCACCUACUUUAUCACCUGCGGCUUCUUCAUCAUUGGGUGGUGUAUGCAACACGAUGACGACUUCAUCCACCACCGUCACCACAGCAUCUUCACAACAGGCACCAGCUUGCUUACAACCCGAAUGGGGACCACCUCCAUGUUAUUCAGAGCAGUAA